UAUCACCUUAUCGCUUAUCGUGGGGGCUUUAAAACGUAUCUGCCCGUACAAACUUAUAAGCUGCAGCACAGAGGCCACGGCAGUUUAGUUCAAUCGGUCACCUGUGGCGAUGACAAUUACUGGCGUGCUCUACGGUGCUGCCUUGGGAGUGUUACUCCUGGGUGCGGCAAGCCCUAGCCUGGCCCAGACCAGUGAUGGCAACUACAAGUUCACUACAAAUCAGCUUCCGGAUUUUUCGGUGAUGCCAACACUUGCCAACGGACAGAUCGGUUUCGUCGCCUACAGCGGUUACGUGCACCUGAACGGUGUCUACAACGGUGUCGGAGGACAGUCGCAUCGUGCCCGUGUGCGUAACUACGGUAACAUCCAGCUGGCCGAUUGCGCCCAGGCGAAUGUCUGCACUUAUCAAUUGGACAUGCGGGCAGGGAAGUUUGUGACUGUUAGCGAAAACCAAGGCUAUCGGUUAGUGCACGAGGUGUACCCUCAUCGGUACUACGAUACGGUGUUAGUGAAUCGUGUGCGACUGCAACGUUUGAGCUCACAGGCCCUGAUUCAAAUACGCCUCGUGCAAAACCCUGGCUUGGACAGUCAGGAUUUCUUCAUGGAGCCCAGGACUUCGUUCAUUAUGUCUAAUACUCAGUACUACCAGGAGUGUGGCCGUACAGUGCAAAUGGAACAUCCCACGGUCCAGUCGUUCGGUCACAACGUGUGCGUUACGUUCCAGUCAGUGCCGGAUCAGCUGCAAAUCACACCUGACGUCAUGGCGCAAGAGUUCUUAAUCUACACCGUGUUCAGUACAACAGCGGACGAGGGAAUGGAUCAGAUUGCGAUCCUGCAGAGGCUGACUGAUGCAGAAGAAAACCGAUUACAUAUGACCGAGAUGGACAAGCUGUGGGAACGCUACGGUAUCACCGUGGAGGGUAACCAAGAGCUGGAUCGUGUAGUGAAAGCCAGUGCCUUCUAUCUAUUUAGUUCACUACCAGCUCACAAUGUUGCAUUAGGCGUGGAUAAAUACCCCUUCUAUGGGCUAGCUCCGGCUGGACUGGGCCGCGGAGGUGAAGUUGAACGGGAAUACCAAGGACACAGCUUUUGGGACACCGAAAUCUGGAUGUAUCCCUCAAUCUUGCUGUUGGAUCCAAUCAAUGCCCUGAAAGUGUUGCGUUAUCGCGAUGUUGUAUCCAGUGGAGCACGUGCUAAUGCUGCCAAGAACGGUUUCCAAGGAUUCCAGUUCCCGUGGGAAUCGGCCUUCACCGGUACGGAAGUGACGCCCGACUGUUGUCCAGAGGUUGUAAACUAUCAACAUCACAUUACGGCCGACAUCGCGUUCGCUUAUCGGCAGUACUUUUAUGCUACGGGAGAUAUGAGUUGGUUCCGAGACGAUGCGUGUGUAAUGGCACUGGAAACGGCACGGUUUUGGCGCAGUCGUGUUCAAUACAACAACGCCACGGAUCUGUUCGACAUUCGCAAUGCGAUGGGCCCUGAUGAGGAUCAUCCAGAUGUGACCAACAAUGCAUUUACGAACAUAAUGGCAGCACACAAUUUGUUCUUUGGUGAAUUUGCUAGCUGCUACUGCCAACAGCUCUCACCGGCAAAGGAAGAAGGCAAGGAGUUCCUGAAGAUUGGUCGAGGACUAACGUUGCUGUACGAUGCGCAAGGAGACUUCCAUCCUCAAUUCGAUGGUUACCAAUCGGGUACACCCAUUAAGCAGGCGGACACGGUCCUAUUGAUCUAUCCCCUGCAACACCCAAUGAAUGUCUCAACGAAGAUUAACAAUUUGCGAAAAUACUCGCAAGUUACACGGGAAAAUGGUCCCGCCAUGACCUGGGCCAUCCAUACAAUUGGCCACCUGGAAUUGAACGAGACGGCUGAGGCAACAGCCAUGUUUCAGAAGAGCUACCAACAAUAUCUACGCGCUCCGUUCAACGUGUGGAGCGAGAACGGCAACAACGAACCUGGCGCCGGCAACUUUAUCACCGGAGCUGGCGGAUUCCUGCAAGCCAUCAUCAACGGCUACGCGGGAGUACGACUCCAUCAGGACCGUAUGGUCAUUAGCAACUCCCGGCUGCUCCCAGGAUCUCGCUCGCUUCAUUUGCCAACGAUCGAGUAUCAACAGGUCCAAUUUUCGUUGACCGUACAAUCGAACCUUUUCGUUAUCAAGUUCAAAACGGCGGGACGCUCUGGCUUGCAACUGACGGUCAACAGCAAGGAUGAGCAGAUUUGCAAGGAUUGUGAAUAUUCUGGGUCGGAAGCUAUCAUUCGCCUAACAACGACUCCGGAGGCCAACGGAUGCAAGUUGCGCCCAACAACGCUGAAUAUUCGGGUUGCAGACCAAAGCGACUCGGCCACUACAAACUCGCUAGCAUUUGUUACACUAAUCGUUACCUUCUUGCUAAGCAGAUUGUUCUAGUUUGGUUUAAUUUAAUUUGAGUGCAACUGAAGCAUUUACAAAUAAAAUCUUUGGACAAUAUAAUCUUAUGUUAAGCUUUCAUUCGCGUGUAUUUUAUGUUUUUAAAGUUAUUUUUUUGUUCACGGGGAAUUGUCCAGUU